AUGGAUUUUGGCUCUUCAGAUGAUGAAAUUAAAGCACAAUGGGAGAGGUUCUCCAACAACUACCAUCCAUGGCAUGCACGUCGAACAACCUCAACAACAGCAGAAGAAAGUGAUACUAGCACUCCUUCAAGCGAGCCUGAACAAAUACAACAAGACUUCCUUACUGAAUGGAAAGCCCUUUCAGCUUUAUACCUAGGACUUCCUAUUCAACUGGAUGAACUUGAUAUGCUUGGCCAACGUGAAAUUGAAUUGAGCCAUGAUUGGGGAAAACACCACAUACCCACACAACAAAAAGUUGUAGCUACUACUUUCAUACACUCCAAUCGAACAACAUUUCAAUCCCAUCAUGUUUACAAUCAACAAGCCCCAUAUGCCUUGUCUAUACAACAACAAAGGGCAUAUGAUUUGGUUAUUACACAUCUACAACACAAUACUUUAAAGCCACCACUAAAGAUUAUUGUUCAGGGAACUGCAGGCAUGGGAAAGUCUCACCUAAUAACAAGCAUCAAGUCUACAAUGAUGAGAUUGGCACCACUGGGACAAUCACCACUACUACUCCUUGCACCAACAGGUGUUGCAACAUUCAACAUACAAGCUUCAACAAUCCAUUUUGCCCUUCAAAUUCCAAUCAAAGAAAUGGUCCCCCUACAAGGACAAACACUUGCCAACUUCCAAGAAAGCAUGUACUUCAUUCAUUAUAUUCUAAUAAAUGAAAUGAGCUUCAUUGGUCGUAGUUUAAUACAAUGUAUUGAUAUGAGGUUGCAUGAGGCAUUCCCUACACAUAACCAAAUCCCAUUUGGACGAUGCUCAAUCAUACUAUUUGGUGACUUGGGCCAGCUACUACUUGUCAAGGACAUUCCGAUGUAUGCUUCAAAUUCUUAUGGAGGGACACUAUGGCGUACCUUCACAACAAUUAUAACAUUGGAUAAAAUAUUUCGGCAAAUUGGAGAGCAACCUGCACAAACUGCUUUUCGUGAACUCCUCUCAAAUUUGCAAAAUGCAACACCUACUAUUGAAGAUUGGCAACUUCUAAUGUCUCGAUCAAGUUCAUCACUCACCUCUGCAGAACAAUAUAUUUUCUUACCAUCCAAACACCUUUUCGCAACAAAUGAAAUGGUGUCAUUGCAUAAUAAACGCAUGUUGUUGUCUUUAGCAAAACCUAUUGCCCUAUCUACUGCAGAACAAAUGAAGGGAUUGGCAUGCUCAAAUCCUGAUGAUGAACAACUACAAUCAAACAUCUUGCUAUGUAUUGGCCAAGAGGUUAUGUUGUCUACAAAUCUAUGGGUGGAAACAAGACUAGUCAAUGGUGCACUCAGACAAGUCAGAGAAAUUGUAUACAAUGAUGGUGAACACCCGCCUCAACUGCCCUUAUUUGUUGUUGUUCAAUUCCAAAAUUACACAGGCCCAACUUGGGAUCACAAUAACCCAACAAAUAUACCUAUACAACCAAUAAGUCGAGGUCUUCGACGCCAGAUGACACUAAAAAUGGCAUGGGCCUUAAUAAUACACAAAUCACAAGGACUCACACUUCAAAGAGCAACAAUUGACAUUGGCAACAUUGACCGCCAAGGGAUGACAUUCACAACUAUUUCAAGAGUUCGUGAUCUUACAAGCCUUUGCAUUCACCCUGCCUUCACAUUUGAAAGGUAUGCACGAAUGCAACAAAGUCCACAUGUCACUCGACACAAAGAAGAGGAGGCAUGGUUGAAGAUAUUAUCAGAUGCACAAUCUACUGUAAGAUCCAUUUGA